GAAAUGAAAAUCUAAUUGAAAAAAAAUAAAUCUAUAAUAUUACAAUUGCGCAAGUAUUGUAUAUGCUAGUAGAUGAUUUUCAUAUGUUAUUCUACGGAGAAACGGAUGUUCGAAAUAACACGGUAAGAAAAGUACGCAUUUCUUCUUUUGACAAAAAUUUUACUGUUGGUACAAGUAAAUACGAAUACAGAAGAACGGAAAUAAAUGCAAGUAAAUUCAAAUAAAUAUGAGUUAGAUUGUGGUCAAGUGGAUAGAGUGGCGACCUACGAGUGUUGGGUUCGAGCGUUCGAUUCCCGCUGCCUUUGGGAUUUUUUCUAUACGUAGCUGUUCUUCGAAUAAAAAAAAUAAAUUCAGAUCACUAAAGAAAUGGGAUCAACUAAGGAAUCACUUCCAAAACUAUUCUCGAGGGUACCAAGCACUUCGAAUUCGCUUCUCCUGAAGUCGACAACUUCGGAUCGAAUUCGACGACCGACGAUACUUGUCACAAAACCGAGACAAUCGUUUCUUCACAAGAGACAAACGAUACGGAUCACAGACAAUGGUGAAGAUGUCACGCCGAAAUUACUUAUUCACGAGGAAUAUGAAGAGAAGCAAUUGCGUACUAUUGACAAUAUAGAGAGUUCACUGCCAAGUAGUAAUUCAUUGUUCAAUACAUCAUCUUCUGUGAUAGGACUGCUUCGAUCGGGUUCUUACACAGUUGGCUCGUCUUCACUACAAGUGGCCCUACUAGGAAGUGAGGAAAUUCAUAUGGACAGUUUACUUUCGACCGAGAGAGUGGAUGAGUUGGAUUCAGAUAGUUGCCGAGUGCCGUCAGAAUUUCAUCUUGAUGGACUAGAACCAAAUAUUUAUGAAGCAACUCCAGAAAAAGUGACAAUAACCUUAAAGGAAACUGAGACCAUUUUUCUGUUUGAGCUGCCUCAGUUAACUGCUGACAGGACAACACCAGAAGGCGCUGCUGUUGAAGCUUCUAAUGAGAGGUACAAAUUCAUCACCACUGGUGCCGGUUCAAAUCGAAAACUUGCAGAAGCUGAAACACAAACCCCACAGAUUCACAUCAAAUCUCAGGGAACCCACAUUGGAAGACAUUUGCGUCGGAAUCAAGGGACCUAUGUCAGCAAUUGGGAAAUGUACGACACUUAUCAACAGCUGGACAGAAUGGAAGAGGUCAAUGGAAUUUUGUAUCCAGGAAAGACUAUUAAUUCUGGAAGGGGUAAAACUGAAAAAGUUGAAAACAAAGUGGUGAAGAUAGAAGAUGAAAGUGAAAUUCCAGAUGAACUGAUCCACAUCUAUUACAAAACCUCAUUUCGAGAAGCGUUGCGAGUCAUGCUGCGAAUCCUCGCCAGUAAUUCAUUCAUAACGGCUCAAAAGCGUUUUACUGGUCUUAUAAAACAGGAUCCGUAUGCAAUGGAUCUUCAGUUCUCCUACAAUUUAGAUCUCCUUUGGGUCUAUUCCGCAAAAGAGGUAAUUGGCCGUUCUGUAUCAUGCUUUCGAUGGAGUUACGAGAACUCCAGUGUCCUCGCUGUUGGUUACACUCACAACUCCCGACAUCCGAAUAUCAAAGACGGUCUUGUUUUAAUUUGGUGUGCCAAAAAUCCAACACACUAUGGUCGUAAAUUCUCCUUUAAUUCAUCAGUCUCCGCUCUCAAUUGGAGUAAGAAAAAACCAAAUUUACUCGCAAUUGGUUUCUAUAACGGAACUGUUAAGGUAAUCGACGUGAGUAGUAAAGAUUUAUUAAUUGUCCGGCAAAGUGAAUUGGAAUCCUCGCCCACAUUUGAGCCCCAUUGGCAAAUUGAUUGGUGGUGUGAAAACGAUAAUUUAGAACAUGAAUCAAUAUUCACAUCGAAUCAAGAUGGUCGUAUCUAUUGUUAUCGUACCGGGGAGGAUUUUACCUGUACCGAAGUAAUGAAGAUUCCUAGAAUCGAGGGUAAAAUCGAAGGGAUAAAACGUACGAUUUUCGGAAAUCAAAAUGAUGUUCCGAUUAGUAGAAAUCCAGCUGCUUUAGUACUUCGAAAACAUCCUAAUUUGUCGACAAUCUAUUUUAUCGGCACUGAUGAAGGUGGUAUCUAUCGUUGUUCAACCAACUAUCUACAUCAACAUAUCGAGAGUUUUGUUGCGCACAAUGGACCUGUUCAUUCAAUGGAAUUUUCGCCGUUUUGUUCGAAAAUUUUUCUCACUGCGGGUGCAGAUUGGUGUACAAGAAUUUGGGUCGAUGGAAUAACGAAACCGUUGAUAACGUUCUCGACCGAAAUGUCCUGGGUUCGAUGUGCCACUUGGUGUCCUACUAAUUCAACAAUUAUUGCCACCAUUGUCAAGAAUGAAAUUUGCAUUUGGGAUAUCAAGAGGAAAACCUAUAAACCUAAAUCGGUGACGGUAUUACCAAGGGAAUGUACUUUGAUGACAAUUGAAUUUACCAAAAACGGAAAUCAAUUGGUUGCUGCGGAUAAUAAGGGAGCUGUCUAUAUUUACAAUCUUGAGGGUAUGCCAUUUCCUCCGUUUAAUCAGGUUCACGUUUUGUUGAAUUCAAUCGAAAAAGCGCUCGUUACAAAACCAUCCGUUCUUAAGAUGUUUAAGAAAAUUGAAAUUACAUGAAACAAUCAAUAUGCUGUACUUCCAUUAAUUUUGAAUUUUGAGGGAAAUUAGGAUAUCUGCAAGAUGUGCCAGAGACGUUCCAUGAUGUCAUAACUUAAGAGAAACCUAUUAGCUUGUUGCAACUAACGAAACGUCUUCAAGACACAAUACCAUGAAUCAUUGCUGCAAACUUGCUCCCCAACAUGAGCUAUGAGCUAUAGAAAACAAGCUUUCCAAAUUUAAAUCAGCAAAAUUAGCUGAUACUUAA